UCCAGCUGCCGUGCACCUGUGCAUCUCAGCAAGGUACCCAAGUAUAGGUUGGUCGCCUGCUUCAGCUUUAAAACCCCUUCCCAUCUUGAAAGCACCAUCAAAUACCCGUGUACUGCGAUCCCUCUUGACUCCUACAAGCACUUUCUACGGCCCGAAACCAAACAGUGUUAAGCCAUUUCCCCAAACGUCAUUCAUAGUCUUCCACAAUUCGAUCGAGUCAUCGGGAUAACCGUCGUCAUCAGCCAUCACCUCAAGUUCCUCUCGAAACUCUCCCACUACGAAGAGGCAGAUCCAGUGCCAACCCGCAAUGGCGCCGCCGGCAGAGAUAUCCAUCCCGACGACCUCGCUCUCCACCCCUCCCCACAACAGCAAGCCCUACACACUCUACAACAUCACCCUCCGCCUCCCGCUCCGCUCCUUCGUCGUGCAGAAACGCUACUCGGACUUCCACACACUGCACGACUCCCUAACCUCCCUCGUCGGCGCCCCGCCCCCCGCCCCGCUGCCCGCCAAGUCCUGGUUCAAGUCCACCGUCUCCUCGCCCGAGCUGACCGAGGACCGCCGCCUCGGCCUGGAGCGCUACCUGCGCGCCAUAGCCGAGUCUCCCGACCGCCGCUGGCGCGACACCGCCUCCUGGCGCGCCUUCCUCAACCUCCCCGGCGGCUCCACGGGCACCAGCGCGGCGUCGGCGUCCGGCGUCGGCGUCGGCGUCGGCGGCCGCCACAACAACAACAACAACAACAAGGAAGCCGCCACCGCGGCGGCGGCGUCCGACCCGGGCGCGUGGCUGGACCUGCACCGCGAGCUCAAGGCGGCGCUGCACGAGGCGCGCAUGUGCCUCGCGCGGCGGGACGCGGCGUCGGAGCACGCGGCGCGCGCCGAGGCCGGCGGGGCGGCCAAGAGGGCGCUUGUGCGGGCGGGGGCGCUGCUGGCGGGGCUGGGGGAGGGCCUGAGGGCCAUGAGGGAGGGGCCCGCGGCGGGGCUCGGGGAGGGGGAGCUCAGGCGGCGGAGGGACCUGCUUGCGGCGGCGAGGGUCGAGCGCGAUGGCCUGGAGAGGCUGGGGGCCAGUCUUGCGGCGGCGGGCGGUGGGCGGCCGGCUGGGGCGGGGGAUAAGGCGGCGUUGCUUGGGGGUGGGGGUGGGUCGUCGGCGGCGGCGGCGGCUGGGCCGAGGGCUGGUGGGAGGGUGCUGGGGGUGCCGCUGCCCGAGACGGAGAGGACGAGGGAGCUUGGGAAUGAGGGCGUCGUGCAGCUGCAGCGGGAGAUGAUGUCGGAGCAGGACCAGGAUGUCGAGGCCCUGGCGAGUGUGGUGCGCCGGCAGAAGGAGAUGGGGCUCGCGAUACACGACGAGGUCAGCCGCCAGAUCGAGAGCCUCGACCGCUUGGACAGCGACACAGACCGCCUGGCCGGGAAGGUCGGCGUUGCCAAGAACCGCGUCCGGAAGCUGGGCUGACUACCAGUUGACGGGGAGGAGGGAGUGGAGGUCG